CAUUCAACCAAACCGCGCCGCUGGCUGUUCAGUGUUGAAGGGACAUUUAAACGAUAUCUCAUGAUCCCAUGUCUUAUUCUGACAUAAGAGUAGGCGUUUGUGGCGUUUUCGUUGCAUAGGCGCGACAACAGAGACUCGAAAUGCGUUCUUUGUUGUUUACGAACGAUUCAUGUUCAAGCAAAGGGUGACUGAAACUGCUUUCACUCAUGCGGACGCGGAUUCGUAAGUGGCUGGAGAUAAACACCAGAUAGCCAGUCCAGAAAGUACAUACAUACAUUAACAAUGACGGGAUUAGAGAGCGAAUCGUUAUCUGUUUGACCAAUUGAACCGAUCAAAGUGCAAACAAGAGUAACGAGAGGCUUCUGUCAGGGAAGGUGAGGAAGAGGAUUCGUUUGCUACAGGGAUCACUAAAAUUGGCCACUUAAUGGGAACAGAUAACGUUACAGAGUUAAAGGGGAAGGAGAACAAGUCCCAGUGGAAGGCAUUUAUCGAGGAUAUAAGUGUUUUACAAUGGGUGCUUUCAUUUCUGUUUUUAGGAACAGCCUGUCUGCUGUUUAUGAUCUAUUUGAUGUUCACCUCUCUGUGGCUCAUUCCCACACUCUACUUCUUCUGGCAGAUCUAUGAUUGGCACACACCCGAAAGAGGUGGCAGACGAACAAAAUUUGUGAGAAACUGGGAAGUAUGGAAACACUACAGAGACUAUUUUCCUGUGAAGCUGGUAAAGACUGCUGAAUUGAAUCCCAAUAAGAACUAUAUUAUGGGUUGUCACCCCCAUGGCAUCAUGUGUGUCGGAGCCUUCUCGUGUUUCAGCACAGACCGUAAUGGAUUUAAGGAAACCUUUCCUGGAAUACGCCCCACGCUUGCAAUCCUGGCUGGACUUUUCCGCCUUCCUCUCUUCAGAGAAUAUAUUUUGUCUGCAGGUCUGUUGCCUGUCAGUAAGGAGAGUUUAGAUUACUUGCUGAGCCGUACUGGUGUGGGUAACGCUGUGAUCAUCAUCAUUGGUGGGGCAGAGGAAUCACUUACCUCAUCUUCAGGAGUAAACACUGUGGUCAUGAAACACAGGAAGGGUUUUGUACGACUGGCCCUUGAACACGGGGCUGACCUGGUUCCUGUGUACUCCUUUGGUGAGAACGAGCUUUUCCCACAGGUGGUUCUGUCUGAGGGCAGUAUGGGCCGACGGCUGCAGGCACUUUUUAAGCAGAUUAUGGGUUUUGCUCCAUGUCUCUUCACUGGGGGUCGCUGGCUGCUUCUGCCGUACAGACGUCCUGUCACCACUGUGGUGGGCAGUCCCAUUACUGUGCCUCAGGUUGACAGUCCUUCUCAGGAACAGGUGGAUCAUUACCACAGUUUAUACAUGAAGGCUCUGACUGAACUUUUCCACCAACAUAAAACCAACUAUGGACUGGCUGACACACACAAACUGCGCUUUAUAUAGAAAUGUUGGAGAGCACAAAGUUAUUGAAACAGCUGCCAGAAUAAUGAUGUGGGACAGAUACAAGAAGAGGAGAACAUACUCAUUUCUGUGCUGUUUUUGUGUGAAUGUUUUAGUCUUUUGGUUCUAAGCACAGAGUGAACCAAAUGAAUGAAUGCAAUUUAGGGUCUUAAUCAGAACAAUGCUCUCAUCAUAUGGAGCUCAAUACGCGCUGUAAACAAACGCACACGCACACCAAACUUUAGUCAUCCAAAAAGAAAGGAUUUACCACCUUUAUCACAGUGACAAAAUGCUGGAAAUGUAAAACAUGUUGGUGUUCAAAAUGAAAAAAUGUAUGAAGAGUAUUGAAAGGAAAUGGUAUUUUUAAAAAGUAUGAAAAUAUAAUUUGAUGAAUUUAAAGUAAAAGAAUGAAAUUAAAGAGCAUCAAAAAAAAAAAAAAAUAUAU